UUGGAUCAACAGCAUGGAAAUCCUUCAUGAGUCAAGCGUGUACAAGGAUUCCAGGCAGCCUACAAGACCUAAAGACUCUGGUUGUGAGGCAUCCUCUUGGUCGUCUGGUUUCAGCUUACAAAGACAAGUACCUAAAUGGGUCUCCACUUAAUACCUACGACAAGGACUACAGGAAAGUAACGGGAAGUCAUCAGACGUGGAAUGAUAGAUGGCAGGAAUACUGGCUUCCAGCUCUCAUACACAAAGGAUCCGUCGCACCUUCCCCUCAGUACCUCACAACACUAAAAAAGGUUUCGCAGGCAUAUGGCUUUCUGACAGGGAAGCGUUUUGGGACGUUUAGCCGCCAUCGUCUUAAUGAAACCAAGAAAGCAUCGUCUAACCCCGAGAGAAAGUUUAUAACGUUAGCCAAGAAGAUGCUGACAGUAGGCAAACACGUUGGUGUCGUUGCUGCUGUCAACAUUGGGUACUCCGCGACGGAACAAAGUAAACUAAAGAAGUAUUUCAGUAACGCCUCCUUCACUAUGGCAGAGUUCCUUGAGCACGUAUUAUGGACCAGGGACGUGGACCUGUUGGACCAUCACUGGACCCCCAUUAGCCAACUGUGUGGUCCAUGUACAGCUGACUACAAGUACAUCGUGCGGCAUGAGAACCCCAAGGAAGCGGAGUACCUUCUGGGCCUCCUGCACCUUCAGGAAAACACCAUUCCGAGGAAACACAAAUCCAUCGGAGCAUUACAUGAUAAGUCUGACCUUCAGUACUUUGAAGACGUCCCCAAAGACUUAAUGGCCAUAAUUAUUGAUAUGUAUAAACAAGACUUUGAUUUGUUCAGUUAUGAUAAAAUCAGUAAAUAAAGUAAGGAAAAUAUAGAUAUAGCAGACAAGAAGAUAAGGUGAAAAAAAGAACAAUUUUAACAUCUGUAUUGUUAACUUCUCUGACCCACUCACUGCAGUACACAGAUAAAAACAACAGGUUAAUAAGAUGAGAAUUAAAACGCCAUCUACAUACAGUACAUAGCGCCGGCACAGUGGUCACCAACCCUCCACAGUUCCUGAUAAUAGAGACUGUGUUGGCCACUAAGGAGAACCCUUUCUCAGUAAACAACGGGACUUCCUUGAACCUUUUCUGUUAAGUAAAUUUCCUUUCGUCUUCAUAGACCAUUUUCUGUGAUCUUGUCAUGUAUGAAUUUCGUGUUUUAUCAUAUUUCUGAUAUUGACAUUAAAAAAAUUAUUUAGCUAGAAAAAUACAGACGCUGUGCAAAGCGGACAAUGACAACGUAGACAUGACUGAGCCACCAUGUUUACUAGUAUCAUACAGUGUAGUCUUCACUUUAGGUGUAUUUAAUCUUAUGUUUGGUUAGGUUAGGUACUGAGUUCGUGUUUAUUGUGUUAUGCCAUAACUUAGCAACUUUCUUUGAUGGAAGCAACUUCCGGGGACGAGAUAUUUGCCGGUGUCCAAACGACUUUCUCAAACACAGAAAAAUCCCUUGUCCUCGGAUUUCUUUUUUUCGGUUACCGGGAAAAGUUUCCCAGAGACUAAACAACACAGACAGACACUAGCCCACAUCCCAGAAUGUUUCUGGGUGCUGGGGAAAGAUUUCCGGGAGUCUAAACUACCGGAGUCCGUAUAAGCAGUUCUUCUUAAGUUAGAAAUUCCAUUUCUUUACUAGAAUAAUCCCGAAUUGUUUAUCUAAAAGCUUAGUUAAAUAAAUAUAAUUAAAAAACUACAAAUCUUUGAUACGGUGUUACAACGACGACGGGUAUUUCCCAGUCACACUGAGCUGUGGGGGUCUCCUGUUACUGAACAGACAUGAUGCAAUGUCAGGUGGAGGUAGGGUGGACGAUGAGUGGUCUCAAAAUACUGACCUUCUGAUGCAAUGUCAGGU